UUCCCCUUUCUACUGCAUGAGCUGAACACAACGCCAUCAAGGCAGCAACGUCAACAUUAGCAUCAUUAGCCAUGUCGUGACCACAUCCCCCGCCUUCUUUCAUCUACACAUGGAGCCUGGAUAACAAAUACCCGAGACCUAGCUUUUGCUGUAGAAUGCCUUAUUUUCAAUGAUAUCUAUUGAGAUAUUUAAAAGCAGAGGCUCUAUCUUCAUCCAAAUCCUCGACGGAGCCUUUCAGAAUGGGUGUAUCCUGCCUUGAUGCCCGAUGACGCCUGAGAUAGGCACAGGCUCCCGGUGACCCGAGAAGUUCGGAUAAGCGGGCACCUUGAAGCACAGAGGAUGAUCCUCUUCCACAGCACUAUGCCUGCUGUUGCCUUUCAGGACCUAGUUUUGAAUAUUUACAUAGUCAUCUUUGGCACAGGGAUAUUCGUCUUCAUCUUGAGCCUGACAUUUUGCUGCUGCUUCAUAAGUAAAUUGCGACAUCAAGCCCAGUCUGAGAGAUUGGCCUACAAGCUGGUCAUAUUGAAGGAUGAGACAAAGCACUUGAAUAUUCAUGGGCAAACAUGUGCCGUGUGUUUAGAGGACUUCAGGAUAAAAGAUGAACUUGCUAUGUUGCCAUGCCAACACGGCUUUCACAAAAGGUGUCUGUUAAAGUGGCUGGAAGUGCGCUGUGUGUGUCCCAUGUGCAACACACUGAUUCCCUCCCUGGUUGGUGCACCGAACAAGCACCUCAGCAGCAUACUGGAUGAACUGGUGUAAAUAACUUGCACGAGCAAACCAACACAAAUGCUCCAGUGAAUGUUCUGCAACUUCCAGACUUGGAAAGGACCAAGAACAGCUGUGAUGCCCAACACAUAUACAGGCUGGUAUUCUGGCAAAUGGUAGGAUUUAAACAUGGCAGUUGAGAUCAUGUAAAUAAAAGCCAAAAUAGCUUACUUCAAAUCACUGAUUUAGACUAAAAAUGUAAAA